AUGUCGUUUGAUCGAAAGAAGUACCGCCGACAUCAAAACAGGCUUUGGAGGCUCGAUACACGAACCGCAAAAGCGGCACAGAUCUGGAAACCGAAGAGUCUCCGGAUGUCCAAUUGGCAGCAGAAGAGAGUGCAGGCGGCCUCGACCGGGAAAAGAAACAUCGAGAGAUGGACGAACCAAAAGGCUGAGGUCAAGAAAUCAAAAUACGCCAUCGACAAUCACAAGCAGGAAGAGCUUGCAAAGCUCCGACACGAGAGCGAACUUGAGGAUGCCCGAUAUAAAUUAGAAGAUGAUUUCGACAAGAAGCAGGCGGCAGAAGCCGAGAAGUCUAAAGAUGUGCGACAAUACGAAGCUUUGCAGAAGGAAGUUACGGAAUUGAAGGAUGCGGCAGCAAACGAGGAAGCGGUUCUCGAGCGACAUGUACGGGAAGUCGAUGAGAGCAAGGAUCUACUUGAAGAACGGAUUGAGGAUAUCAAAUCUGAGGGAGAAGAGAGUGUCCGUAGAAUCGAACGUAAAGCUUCAGAACUCGAGACUUGGAGUGCCACAGAAAUAGGUGAUCCCUUGCGGCCCAGGCAGAGAAACCUGCCGGGCAUGCGAAACUGAGAGCAAGCAUUCAUGAUAGCACGCCACACAGCAUGCUCCUUCGAGAUCAGACUUCUUCGGCGGCAUCGUAUAUCUUUGCUUUGGUACUCGCGAAGCUAUCGAGAGGGUUGAAGAGGGCCUGUUCCCGUGUAGGCCGAGGUCCACAGAGAGUAUAAAGAAGAUUCGUAAUCAGCUCUUCUGAAGCCAUACGUUUGACAGGCUACUCCAGGGGACCUACUGUUUCUACCUAUCCGACCGCAUCAACGAAAGGACGUCCAUCGUCAAAUCCUCCAUGUC